CGGCCGCUGUCAGCGGCAAGUCGAGUAGCCGCGCCGUCCUGCAGCUGGAGCCAGACGGCGCCUUCCUCUCCACCGGCCGCGCUGCAAACCCACCGACCCCCAGCCUGUCCAACCAGGCAUUGUAGGGCCUGCUCAUCCAGUUUGAGGACUCGGACGACGCUCAGACUGCUGCGGAGGAGGCGAACCAGUUUGAGCAAGCACAUGCUUCUGUCGUGACCCUCUCACACACGGAGAUGACGGCGCCGCAGCCAAACGGAGACAUCAUCAGCUCAGACUUCGAGACGUUCUCGACUCAGCGAGAGGCUCUGUCCUUCGUGGCAGGCUAUGUUGCGGCGAAGUGCCGAGGCAUCGACGCCAGCCUGGGGACGCCCAGCAGGGAGGCACCUCCGAGCUCAGUCCCCUCCAGCUGGAUCCGGGCCGUCAGCCAUGGCAGUCUGCUGGUGCCUUCCGACAGCUGGAUGACGGUCGUGGAGGAGUUUGAGGUACUGUUCAGCCUGGUAAUGGGUCCCUCUGUCAGCGACCAAACAGGCUUGGUCCGCAGACUGCUGGGUGAGCUGCGGCAAAAGCGACCAGAGCUUGAUGCACGGAUAGCACGUAAGUUGGUGACCACGCGCAUGCACUUGCGUAUCCGCUGGCUCAACCAGGUGAAAGCAGCUGAGGCUGAGGAGCGGCGGGCUGCCAAGCAAGUGGCGCAGCACUCAAAAAACUCUUCAUGACUGGUGAAUGUGCAGAUGUGACAAUGCGCCUCGUUUGUCUUGGUUGACGCAUAGCCCGGUUUGCGGU